AUGACGAAGGCUGUGAACUUAUUAUUGGAGGAAUUCAAGAAAAGGUUUGGGAAAUACCCGGAAGUAGCUCAGUUCGACGAGGGAAAGGAAUUCUACAAUGUUGGUGCUAGGGACCUCUUACAAAAACACGACGUCCGCUAUUUUUCCACAAACUCUGACAGAAAGACAGCUAUCGUUGAAAGAUUUAACAGAACCUUGAAGACAAUGAUGUGGAAGUAUUUUUACAGCAAAGGGACUUACAACUGGGUCGACGCCAUAGACGAGCUUACGAACAACUACAAUCAUACCAAACACAGCAGUAUACUAAUGAGACCUGCCGACGUAAGCAAGUCGAACAAGGACCAUGUAUGGAUCACGCUAUACGGUUACGGAUUAGGAGAAUUUCCAUUACCCAAGUUAAGGGUUGAUGAUACGGUCCGGAUAACGAAGUAUAAAAAUAUCUUUACCAAUGGAUACGAAGCAAACUUUACGGAAGAGAUAUUCAAAGUUUUAAAAAUAUUCAGGGGAGAUCCUAACAUGUACGAAAUAGAAAGUCAUGACGGAGAACCGAUUAUCGGAAAGUUUUACGAAGAGGAACUAUCCGCCGUAGAUAAAAUGGACGAUGUAUAUAGGGUGGAGAAAAUCCUGAGAAGAAGAAAGGGUAUGGUGCUGGUCAAGUGGUUAGGAUACGAUAGUAAGCACAAUUCCUGGAUUCCGGAAGAAAAUAUUAAGGAUAUAUAA